CAGCUCAUGAACGACGGACUGCACGGAUAACCACCACGCUGAAGCCGUCUUCAGCAUCUCCCGGUUUCUCAAUCACACAUUAUCUGGAAAGAUGGUCGCUAUAGAAACAUCACCCAACUCGUCUCCUUUGGCUGAAUGGGUCGAAUGUCUGGAUAAAAGACUGGAACGUGCUGCUGCCUUCCAAUUACAAACCCACCUGCUAAUCAACAACCUGUUCGUGCCCCACCAGUCUGGUUUCUGCCCCCUCCACAGUACUGAAAUUGCACUCCUCAAAGUUAUCAAUGACCUCCUCUCCUCUGCUGCUGCCCUCCACAUCCUGAUUCGACUUGAUCUGAGUGCUGCUUUUGACACAGUGAGUCAUCAGAGCUUCCUCACCAGGCUGGAGGGUCUGUGUGAUGAGGGCACCGCACUCUCCUGGCUACAAACAUACCUCACAAACCGGACCCUCAAUGGCCACACCUCAGACUCAGCUGCAGUUAUACUGGGUGUCUCCCAGGGUCGCUUACUCCUCAUGUACAUCCUCCCCCUUGGUCAGAACCUUCCGUCACUUCAACCUUGACUUCCACUGCUAUGCCGAUGAGACCCAGAUCUACCUCAGCAGCAAAUCCUUCCUCAACCCACAUUGAAUCCUGUCUCUCUGCAAUAAAAACAUGGAUGCAAAAUAACAUUCUCAAGCUCAACAGUGAUGAAACAAAACAACUCCUCAUAGGCACCAAAUCCACCCUCAACAAAGCUUGCAACCUCACCUUCACCAUUGACAACACCACUGUCUCUCCCUCCAUGCACGCAACCUUGGUGUAAUCCUGAACUCCACCCUCUCCUUUGACCUCCAUAUAGGACAGACUGUCAAAUCUUCAAUCUUCCACCUCCGCAACAUUGCCAAAGUCAGGUCCUCCCACUCCUGUCCUGACGCUGAAACCCUCAUACAUGCAUUAAUCUACUCCCGUCUACUCACUACUGUCCGUCAUCAACUCAAGCUCCCCUGUGAUCUCCAAAGUCCUGACAGCACAUCACCCCUGUCCUCCAAUUUCCAUUGGCUCCCUGUGUCCCAACGCUUUGACCCCUCCCUCCCCCUAUCGCCCAGACCUUCUGCACCCGCACUCAGUUCACCACAGCAGCCCAUCUUGUCAUCCCCAGGUUGAUGCUUUGGCCACAGGGCCUUCUCCAGGGUUGCUCCUAGGCUCUGGAACUUUCUCCCUCCACCCUGUCUUUCAGUCCCUCCUAAAGCGCCACCUCUUUGACAUGCCCCCCUACCCCAAACCGUGUUCCUAUCCAAAUCCCAACCCUCCCCUCCUCAUACACUGAUACAUCCCUCUUUCCCUUCUUUGAGCCCACCCCUCUCUUUAUUCAUGUUUUUGUUAACUCUGUUUUGUUUUUACUCUUUUUCUUUCUAUAAUUGUAAAGUGACUUUGGGUCCUUGAAAAGUGCUAAAUAACUCCCAUGUAGUAUUAUUAUUACUAACACCCCCCAUCUCUCUCUGUAGGCCUGCGGAGCGUUCAGCAGAGGAUCUGGAUAUCAUUCUGACCAGACUUAAAGGGUUUAAAGCCUUCCAGAGGUUCCACCCCUCCCUGCUGCUGCAGAUCUGCUCCUGUGCCUUCUACGAAUACCUGGGGAAAGGCAUCACCUGGAAGUAUACAUACACACACUUGGACAUCUGCACACACUCUCUCACACUCACUCAGUGGUAUGAGCACCUUGAAAAAGGCCUCUCUGAUACCUCAUUGGCUUUCAGGUUUACCAUGACUUGGCACAUCAAUGUUAUGACUAUUUCUGAAUGCUUAUAUGCUGUUAUGUCUGUUCUGUGUAGUGUUCCGCCAGGGUGACAUAGGGACCAGCUGGUAUGCUGUUCUGUCUGGCUCUCUGGACGUCAAGGUGUCAGAAACAGCCAACCACCAGGUAAAUCAGGAUGCUGUCACUAUCUGCACGCUGGGAAUCGGGACGGCGUUUGGAGAGUCAAUUCUGGAUAAUACUCCUCGCCACGCCACUAUCGUCAGCAGAGAGACCAGCGAACUGCUCCGCAUCGAACAGAGAGAGUUCAAGAGUCUAUGGGAGAAGUACCGUCAGUGUAUGGCUGGACUUCUGGCCCCUCCCUAUGGCGCCAUGGAAACUGGAUCCAACAAUGACAGGCUGAAAGACAAAGACAGUCUAGGUUCAGAUCCUCUCAACUUAAUGAACAAGAUCCUCAACAAGGUUCCAUCAGAGAAGCUGCAGCGAGGGGGGAAGGUGAUGCGGAAUGCCAUCCUCUCCAGAGCUCCUCACAUGAUCAGAGACAGGAAGUACCACCUCAAGACUUACAGGCAGUGUUGUGUAGGUACAGAGCUGGUAGACUGGCUGGUGCAGCAGAGUACCUGUGUACAUACUCGUUCUCACGCUGUGGGGAUGUGGCAGGUUCUGCUGGAGGAGGGAGUCCUGAACCAUGUGGACCAGGAGCUGGGUUUCCAGGACAAGUACCUGUUCUAUCGUUUCCUUGACGAUGAGGAGGAGCACACCCCAUUGCCUAGCGAGGAGGAGAAGAGGGAGAGUGAGGAAGAGCUGCCUGAGACAAUCCUCUUCCUCGCCCAGAUGGGACCUGAUGCCCUGCUGUGCAUGAUCCUCCGCAAACCUCCUGGUCAGAGGACGGGUGAUGAUCUAGAGAUCAUCUAUGAUGAGCUGGUUCACAUCAAGGCCUUAUCCCACCUCUCCAACACUGUGAAGAGGGAGCUGGCGAGUGUUCUCAUCUUCGAGUCUCACGCCAAAGCAGGAACCGUGUUGUUUAACCAGGGAGAAGAGGGAACAUCCUGGUACAUCAUCCAGAAGGGCUCUGUCAAUGUUGUCAUCUACGGCAAGGGUGUGGUGUGUACCCUGCACGAGGGGGAUGACUUUGGGAAGCUGGCGUUGGUGACUGACUCUCCUCGAGCUGCCUCCAUCGUCCUCAGAGAAGACAACUGUCACUUUCUCCGAGUGGACAAAGAAGACUUCAACCGGAUACUCAGGGACGUGGAGGCAAAUACAGUGCGUUUGAAGGAACAUGAGCAGGCUGUUCUGGUCUUGGAGAAGAGUCCCAGAGCCUCCAGUCUGGGAAAUAUCAGGUACACUGUGUUGUCUGGAACCCCUGAGAAGAUCCUUGACCACUUCCUGGAGACUAUGAGGAUGGAUACACACCACUCUGACCCAGAUCCUGCGGUAGAUGACUUUGUCCUAAUGCACUGUGUUUUCAUGCCUAACAGCCAGUUCUGCCAGCUACUCAUGGCACACUACCAUGCGGUGGCUCCCCCGGGCUCGGAGCAGGAGAGGUUGGAGUACGCUGUGACCUGUAAGAGACGAGUCCUCAAUCUGGCCCUGCGCUGGGCUGCAGUACACACACAUCACUUACAGGAGGAGCCAGCAGCACUCAUAUUCCUGGAGGAGCUGUAUGGGAGUGUGUCCAAUGACUCACGGAUCCUCAGAGCUCUGAAAGACUUUGUACCUGACUUGGAGAAGGUUGUCAAACUACAUUCAGAAGAGGCCAAAGUGAAAAAGAAGGUCCUUACACAGUUCAGCAACGGAGAUGAGAAACUAGUGAAGACACAACCCAUCAGGAACUGUGACGACAUCCUGUUGAAGGUGUACUGCAGUGACCACACCUACACCACCAUCCGGGUUGCCGUAGCAGCCACAGGGAGUGAGGUGACCAGCGCUGUGGCCGACAAACUUGCCUCAAACGACGACCUGCUAUUGGUCCACCUCAGCUCCGCAGGCGAGAAGCAGAUGCUGAAGCCCAAUGAUGUGUCAGUAUUCUCCUCUCUGAGCAUCAAUGGGCGUAUGUUCGCCUGUCCCCGGGACCAGCUCAAUGCUCUGACCCCUCUCCCAGACCAGGAGGGGCCCUCAGCUGGGUCCAUGUCCAGUUUUGAGCUGAUGAGUUCUAAAGACCUGGCCUAUCAGAUGACCCUGUACGACUGGGAACUCUUCAGCUGUGUUCACGAGCAUGAGUUGUUGUACCACACGUUUGGUCGUCAGAGCUUCAGGAGAACCACUGCCAACCUGGACCUGUUUCUACGCAGGUUCAACCAGGUGCAGCUGUGGGUGGUGACGGAGGUGUGUCUGUGUGGUCAGCUUAGCAAACGGGUUCAGCUGCUCAAGAAGUUCAUCAAAAUCGCUGCUCACUGUCGGGAAUUUAAAAACCUGAACUCGUUCUUUGCCAUCAUCAUGGGUAUGAGCAACCCUGCAGUCAGCCGACUCACCCAAACCUGGGAGAAACUCCCUAGCAAGUUCAAGAAGUUCUAUGCUGAGUUUGAGAGCAUGAUGGACCCGUCCAGGAACCACCGGGCAUACCGGCUGACCGUCACCAAAAUAGAGCCGCCAAUCAUCCCCUUCAUGCCCCUCCUCCUCAAAGACAUGACUUUUAGUCACGAGGGCAACAAGACAUUCAUAGACAACAUGGUCAACUUUGAGAAGAUGCGGGUGAUCGCAAACACCAUCCGGGCGGUGAGACAAUGCAGGAGUCAGCCGUUCAACCCUGAGGUGUGUCAGCCCAAUAAGAACCAUGCUGAGGUGAGGGGUUAUGUCAGGAAGCUGUGUGUGAUUGACAAACAACGGACCCUGACAACACUCUCCUAUAGGCUAGAGCCCCGCAGGACCUGAGGUUGCCCACCAUGCAGUUGUUACUCUCUAUGACAUCAUACAGAACCCUCAGCCUCUGUAAGAUCAAGCAACAUUCAUUGCUAUGACAUCAAAUGGCUUCAUUGGGCCUCUGUGACAUAAUAUGGAACAGUCAGUCUAUGACAUCACAUGGAAUUUUUUGCCCACUAAGACAUCUUACUGAACACUUAGCCCUCUAUGACAUCACACAGAACCAUCAGCCCUCUGUGAAAUCACAUAGAAGAGAGAUGAUUUAGAGAUAAGAGACUCUUGAUUUCUCUGUUACAUGUAAGGUUACUCUAAAUGUAGAUUGAACAAAGUUACAAGAGAUGUUAAGUCUUAUUUCGAUUAUCAUGUCCCUUACUUUGAGCAGAUGUAAAACACAUAGUAUAAUGUUACAAAUACCAAGAUCUUUACAUAAAUGAUUAUAGAGAAACAAAACCUCUAGCUUUGUUACACCAGUGUUCUGAAAACUGUCCUCAAGUUCUUGAAAAUCAGUCAUCUUUCUCAGUUUUCUUCAUGUAGUUUUUGUAAAUGUGGGUACUGUAUAUUUAACUUGUUUUACCUCAUCAUGAUGUCAGUGGGUUGAGAGCGUAUAGUCUGUCUGAACAGUAAAUAAAAAAGAUCUAAUAUAAUAAUCAAAACAUCGGAUUCUGGUGGUU